AGAAUAUAUCUAUUAUGGCUAGAGAGUACUCGUCUGAAUCUUAUUAGCUGCUUAGAAUUUUUCGGGCUUUUCGUUAGACAAAGGCAAUGCAGAGCAUAUGGGCUAUAAUAGGUGUCUCGCUUGCCAUUUUUUAUGCUGUCGAAUCAAAUCGCUAUGCAGAACAACUGUAUGAGGAUUUGCUCUACUACUAUAAUAAAAAUGUUCGACCAGUUAAGAAUGCCAGUGAGAGCAUAAAAGUCAAAUUUGGUGCUUCGCUUAUUCGAAUCAUCGAUGUGGAUGAAGUAAAUCAAGUUCUUACAACUAAUUUAUGGCUGGAAAUGCAAUGGUUCGACUACAAGUUGACUUGGGAUCCAGCACGAUGGGGUGGCAUACGAAAGCUGCAUAUUCCUUCGGACCAAAUAUGGAUACCAGAUAUUUUACUUUACAAUAAUGCCGAUGGAGAGCCUCACAUUAGUAUUUUGAGUGAUGCCCUAGUCUAUCAUAAUGGUCUAAUAGUGUGGAAACCACCAAGCAUCUAUAAAUCUUUUUGUCCCAUCAACAUCGAAUAUUUUCCUUAUGAUUCUCAAUCCUGCACACUGAAAUUUGGAGGUUGGAGCUAUAAUGGUUUCCUUCUUGAUGUCCGACAGCUGCCGUCUGCUGGGUCUCCAAUAAUAAAUCGAUUGGACGAAAGUGGCAAGGAAUACCAGUAUUUAGAGAUUGGCAUGGAUCUAUCCGGAUUCCAUCAAAGCUUGGAAUGGGAUUUAAUGUCGUUAACAUCUCAACGACAUGAACAGCUGUAUCCGGGAUGUUGCGGACAAGAUUUCUAUAUUGACGUCACGUUCGAUAUUGGUCUGCGCAGGAAGACCUUGUUCUAUACCGUAAAUUUGGUAAUACCAUGUAUGCUCAUAGCUAUUCUGACUACAUUCGUAUUCUAUAUCCCUCCCAUCGAGCACAAGAUGACUUUUUCUAUUUCAAUUCUUGUCGCGCUUACUGUAUUCUAUUUAGUUCUCAUUGAACUUAUUCCACCAACUUCUCUUGUGUUACCCUUGAUAGGACGGUAUCUUCUCUUCACGAUGUUUCUUGUAGCCAUAUCUAUCUUCCUAUCUGUGCUUUCUCUCAACUAUUAUCGAAGGGACGGUUCCGCUCAACCCAUGCCACACUGGAUCCGGGUAGUAUUUGUCGAAACAUUGCCGAAGUACAUAGGGAUCAAAAAAGCCGAGGAGGAUGAAGUCAGCGACCGAGGAAGUAGCACAGCUACUGAUGUGGGUCAAUUCUUGGACUCUUCGCGUCGACCUUCGCCUUACUUUCUAGCUGUACCAGCAGGGGCUAACGACGAAGAGAAGAGCAAGACUAGGGCUGAAGUAAAUAAAAUCAGAUUGUCUCAAUUAGCACAACUUCGCGGUUUGCAUCCGGAUUUAAUAAGAAGAAUGAUUGACAAUGUUUCGUUCAUUGCUGAUCACUUUCGCGCUAUGAAGAAGGAAGACAAAAUAUCAUCUGACUGGUCCUACGUUGCCAACGUCAUCGAUAGACUGGUGCUCAUAAUUUUCACCACAGUCAAUCUCGUCGGAACAAUCCUAAUUAUUCGAAACUCCCCCAUACUGUUCGACCACUCACAACCCAUGAAGAUUAGCCCUGCGACCAGGCCACUUUCUGGUGACACUUUCGAAAGCUCAUUUGAUGCCAACUUUACGCAGGAAAGUUGGUGGAAGAACUCGGGAGGACUUUGAUCUGUGCCUUAUUUGAUGAUAAAAGUUUUGCAAGCUGAUUUUGUAGACUUUUGAGGUACCGCAAUCAAGUCAAUA